CGUCUGUGUGGAGACAAAGGUCGCGCGGGCCUCCGUGACCUUCCCUUUCCAACCAGACGCAACGGUUUUGUCGCUUUGUGCUGUGCUUUUAUUUUUUAAUUGUGGGUAGUUUGGGGAAAGCGCUCAGCUCAUGGGAUCCUUUGUGUUUGUAGACCGUAAAGUGUCACAAUCCUUCAAUUUUCACUACUUUUAUUCAUCCAAAGUGAGUUUGAGUUGUGCUGGUGUGCUUAUCUUCGGAUAGAACCAGAUGUUUUCAGUCUCUGCUAAGAUAACUGCCGGAAGCUUCAUAUUUAUGUCAAAAGACAAAAGAGUAAAAUUCCUCUUUUCAUCCUCGCAGGCAAUAACAUUAUUUCUUAAAUAAUGUUGCAUAAAAUAGGAAUAAGCAACACAACUGAACUUUUCUCACAGAACAUAAAGGAACACUAGGAAUAAGUAUGUAAUUGGGAUAUGGUUUACAAAGCUGUGUUUGCACAGAAGUGCAUGCAAACGUCGUCCAACUACAUUUAAUUGAGAAGAAUUUCACAUUAUACGUCACAUGAUGAAUUACACUCAUAGUUAAACUUUUUCAUACUUUUAUUUGAACAAAAGCGUUGAGAAACUGCUGUGCACUCUGUUUACCAGACACAGCUCUACUCGUGCACCAUGUUUUUAAAGCCGUAAACACUUCCAACAUCCAAAGUGCCCGACGGUCUAAUUUGAGUGUGCUACCGCUUUAUUACCGGCUUUGUCUGCUCUCGGCCUCCAUGCGCUGCCCCACUGCCAUCUCUCCCCUCCUGUAAUUUUGCCGGCCUCCUGUUCCUGCAGACCUGCUUCAGGGCUGUCUGUCAUUACACCGCACGGCUCUUUCGUUUCGGUUUUGCAGAGUCGCCGCUUUAAGAUUCCUGCAGCUGCAGAAGUGUACCAUACUGCUAGAUGCACGCAGCGGACGAGGCCCACGGAGACUCUUUCUAUGACGGGCCUUUCUGAAUAUAUCCUGUGGCUCGUGUACAAAGGAGACGACAAUGCUGCUUUUGAAAUGUGCACCAGGCUGCAGGACCGAUUACCGCUUACCUCUUCUAUUCGACUCCCAACAAUACGACUGCAGCGACCACUACUGCUGUGGCUAUUUCUUUGGAUGCCUCGUUUCAGUGCGCGGGCGGAUCCUCUGCCUGGGAACUAUCAUCCCACUGUGAAGCGAACAGAAGACGCCUUCCAGGCCUGCAAUGACAUCGUGGCGUGCUUCCAGGAGAGAGCGCGCGUGGAGCGGCAGUACGCACAGCAGCUCAGCGAGUGGAGCAACAAGUGGACGCCGGUGGUGGACUCCAGUCCCCUGUACGGAUCCCUUCUGAAGGCUUGGCAGUGUUUCAUGUCCUCGGCCGACCGGCUAGCCUCCCUGCACGCCUCCAUCUGCCGCUCCCUCGUGUCGGAGGACGGCGACAGGGUCAGGACCUGGCAGAAGGACACCUUCCACAAGAAGCUGUUUGGAGGCUUCAAGGAGUCCCAGGACAUUGAGACGGGCUUCACCCGUGCUCAGAAGCCGUGGGCCAAACGGCUUAAAAAGCUGGACAAAGCCAGGAGGGCGUACCACAAGGUGAGCCGCAAGGAGCAGGCGGCCAGGGAGCGAGAGGUCCACGCUCACGGAAACCCGGACGUCUCCAUCGACAAGCAGAAGAGGUUGCAGGAGGAGAGGGAGCUGGCUCAGCAGGAGGCGGAGAAGGUGCGUGGCCGUUAUGAAAAAGUCCUGGAGGAGGUGAACCGCUACGCGCCGCGCUACAUGGAGGAGAUGGAGUCCAUCUUUGACCAGUCGCAGGACGAGGAGCGAAAGAGGAUCGUCUUCCUCAAACAGGCCUUUCUCUCCGUCCACAAACACCUGGAUAUCACCAACAACGAGACUGUGCGUGCCGUGUACAACGAGCUCCACAACACGGUGACGGCCAUCGAUGAGCACGAGGACCUCCGCUGGUGGAAAAACACCCACGGGCCCGGCAUGCCCACCGACUGGCCUCACUUCCAGGAGUGGAUGCCCGAAAAGAAAAACAAAAAAGAGAAGAAAGAAGUCGAAAAGAAAGCAACAAUAGAAAGAAGUGUGAUUAUUGGAGGAGUGAGAGUAAGAGCUAUGUAUGAUUAUGUUGGCCAGGAGACGGAUGAGCUCUCUUUUAAAGCAGGUGAGGAGUUUUUGAAGAUAGAGGAAGAGGAUGAUCAGGGCUGGUGUCGGGGGAUGAAGGACGACGGGUGCGAGGGGCUUUACCCAGCCAACUAUGUGGAGGCGGUGUAGAUAGUGCAUCUAGUAUACGGAACAUGACAGUUCUUGCUGCAACACAUACUGUGUAAAUUGCAACCUGGUUUAACUAAAUGCAAGAAACAUAAAAUCAUUGCUGUACAGAGAAACACCAAGUAGCGGUUAGCCAAACAUCUGGUCUGUUAUGAGGGUAAGAUCCCACUUAGGAGAAUAUUUUAUCAUGCAGACAUUUUAAAAAAACUAUCCAGGUUCUCUUGAAGGAUUUUGAUAAAUGUUUUAAUAUAUACAGUAUGCAUAGACCACUUGUACUAAAGCCAUAUAAUAAACAAUGCUUUAAUGCGCUCUUAAGAAAUAUAACUAGGCGUUUGGUGCUGACGUUGCAUUACAGGACUGCUGUUUUCCUUGAGCUGUUUUUAUUUCUUUCCACCUCAACGCAUAACGCUUAAAAUGCUCACAAAGCCUCUCAACCUCUGAAGAAUGUAAAUGGAAUAAUGUGAUUCUAAUUAAUCCACUUCAGCCAACCACUAGUGGAGUUAGCUUGAUGGUACAUUUUUGUAUCAUGGUUUCAUAAAGGGGCCGGAAGCGAAGCACCAACAUCUUGUGUUAUUAAACGUAUGUGAAAAGGUGAAACAAUGUUUGCUUCUUUUACCUUUUUUGUUGUACCUGUCUUUGUACUAAACCAGCUCACGUUAUCUACUAACACCUUAAUAAACAGCCCAGGUCUGAUAUCUCUGCAGAGAGGGUUUAGAGACAUUUCCUCAUCUUUGACAUCAAACAUAUUUCUGAGCAUGUCGGACUGUUUCAUUUUGAUUGUCCGUAAUUCUCCGUCUGUGAGCAUCUGUUUAUCCUGAAGUGUGUGUGACGCUCGCCAUGGUGGUUAAGAAAGUAAGGAAACUGCUGGUUCGCCGUCCCCUCGUGCUGUUUCCUUCCAGUGUCUCUGUGUGGGCUUUGUAAAAACGCUGCAUUUUCAACGGUGUCUUUUGGAAAUAAAAUGUAAAACUGUUAAACCA